AUGUUGUACACUCACGCCACCAUCAUCACCGUCGAUAGCACCCGUCGCAUCAUCGACGACGGUGCCAUUCGCGUCACUGGUGAAACGAUCGCCGACAUUGGUAAAACGUCUCUGCUGAAAGAGCGAUACCCCGAUGAUGAGGAGGUCAAUCUGUCCGGUCGCAUCAUCAUCCCUGGGCUGAUCUCCACUCACAUGCAUACUGCUCAGACGCUGCUGCGAGGCACUGCGGAUGAUCUGGAGCUUGUUUCUUGGCUCUGUGAACGAAUCUGGGUGCUGCAGGGUAACUUCACCGAGGCUGACGGGUAUGCUGCGGCUCGGCUGAGUAUCGGCGAGAUGCUCAAGUCGGGCACGACCUGCUUCCUCGAGAGCAUGUUUGCCGAUCGCUACGGCUUCGACGGACUCGCCCGUGCAGUCGAAGAGUCCGGUAUUCGAGGUUGUCUCGGCAAAAUCGUUAUGGACAUCGCCAAGUACGCCAAAGACGACGCCUGGGCUAUGCACCCGGGCCUCGUUGAGAACCGCGAGACUUCCCUGCUGGGAACGCUCAAGAUGUGGGAGAAGUGGAACGGUGCUGCCAAUGACCGUAUCCGCGUGUGGUUCGGAGCUCGUACUCCUGGAGGGGUAUCCGAUGCUCUCUAUAAGGAGAUGACUGCGAUCUCCCGGGAGAAGGGAAUCCCCGUCACUAUGCACUGUGCGGAAGUCAAAGCUGAUCGCGACUUUUUUGCGUCUGUGUCGCAUACGCCUAUGUCGUAUUGUGAUUCGGUAGGACUGUUGAGCCCAUCCACUGUACUAGUACACAUGGUCCAUCUGGAUGACUCGGAUAUCGAGCGGCUCUCGGCUUCGGGGACCCAUGUGGCACAUUGUCCGACGUCUAAUGCUAAGCUGGCAUCGGGCAUUUGCAGGGUACCUGACAUGCAGCAGGCCGGCGUCAACAUCGGCCUCGGGACCGACGGCGCGCCUUGUAACAAUACCUGCGACCUCCUGCAGGAGAUGAAGCUUGCUGCGAUCAUCCACAAGAGUAUCUCGUAUGAACCGACUGCUGUGCCGGCUGAGUCGGUUCUGGAGAUGGCUACCAUCAAUGGCGCCAGAGCUCUUGGACUGGAUGACCGUAUUGGUAGUCUCGAGAUUGGCAAGAAAGCUGACUUUGUGGCUAUUGAUGUCCGUGGGAUUCACAGUCAGCCCUGGUUCAAUGCGGCCAGUGCUGUCGUGUAUACUGCCACGGGACGAGAUGUUGAACUCGUAGUGGUGGAUGGAAAGGUCCUUGUUCAAGGUGGAGAGCUACUGACGAUGAAUGAGCAGGAGAUUGUCGAGGAUGCAAAGAAGCGAAGUCGGGAAGUUGUUGAGAGAUCUGGCUUGUCCAGCAAGAUGCAGGGCCGGUGGCCUGUGGAAUAG